AUGUCGAACCCAAAGAGCUCAAACCCCCGACCAAAGCGCAUCAUCGUAUGCUGUGAUGGCACAUGGCAGUCGGCCACCUCCGGCAAGAAGAACGUCCCUUCCAACGUGACCCGGCUAGCCCGGGAGCUGGACAGGGUAGGCACUGAUACCGACGGCAAAGAAUGGCAGCAGGUGGUUUGGUACGACUCGGGUGUGGGCACUACGUCCCUUCUGGGCAGGAACAGCGAAGGUGCCACGGGCUCCGGGCUCGAGAUCAAUGUCAUCGAGGCGUACACCUUCGUCGUCCUCAACUGGGUGGCGGGAGACAAGGUCUACUGUUUCGGCUUCUCCCGAGGCGCGUUCACAGCCCGUUCUAUUGCGGGUCUGAUUUCCGACAUUGGCAUUUGCGAACCACGGAUGCUGCAGCACUUUUCCGAAUUGUGGGGAUUGUACAAGGCCAACAAGGAAGACAGAUUCUAUGGCAGCGCAGCGUAUUGGGAGUUCAUUGACGGAAAGCUUGAGGAGCCAUUGCCCGAGACCCCUGGAUACAGAGGCUCCAACCUCAAGUGGAAGCAUAGACCCAAAGGCGACUGGGCAAGGACGUGCGAAUCGCGGGAGAUCGAAAUGGUCGGUGUGUACGACACCGUCAGAGCUCUGGGGAUGCCCUCGCUCCGUGGCGUACAGGUUGGAUCCUGGUUUGGUCUCGGCCCUGAGGCAUAUGAAUUCUAUAACGCCGGGCUAAACCGGAACAUCAAGCGGGCAUACCAUGCCCUUGCUUUAGACGAGCGCCGUGAAGCUUUUACUCCAACCCUGUUUCAUCUUUCUGAUGACUAUCCCUUCACGGGGAUUGACAAUGAACACGCUGCAUUCGAGGCCGCAUUCGACAGGUGGCACUCAGCGUCGACAGAUCGCAAGAUAUCUGUAGAAAAGAAGCGUCAAAUCAAACAGGAAUAUGAUGCAGCCCGGCAGACCGUCGAGAAACUAGAGGCCAAAGCGAUCGAGGAACAGAAGGAUACCGUUCAAAAGUGCAACAAUGACUGGCAACGAUCCAACCCCAAAAUUCCUCUAGGCGAUAGGGAGGCUGCCCAUCAAAAGUACAACAAUGCCCGGACGAAAUUAGUCCAGAUGGAGGAACAUCACAAGCCACCGCCCGAACUCUCACAGGUCUGGUUUCCAGGCGUUCACAUCAACGUCGGCGGAGGUUCAAGUGACACUCUUGACUACCAAGGAGAUAUGGAAGAGCUUGCCAAUAUUGCCUUUUGUUGGAUGCUCGAUCAAAUUCGACCCCAUCUCAACAUUAGCUCGACAGUGUACGAGCAAUAUUGCACAGAAAGGAACAUGCAUCUUUCUGACCUCAACAAGGAAGCCAAGCAGGAGAAGGAUAGGCUACAGAAAGAGAGUGAUGAGCGAAAGAACGAGAGCUACUGGAAAACUGGCUAUCGCUGGGCUCGUACUUCUGCUCAAAGUGUCGCUCACACUGCCGUCGAAAAUUACAACUCCUACGUUCGCCGCAUUGAAAGGGGAAAGCCCAAGAACCAAAGGUUUUUCAAAUUUGGCUGGGGGACGGGUACUGUCAUCGACAGUUACACGUGGACGUAUGUUGCCAAUGGAUACUUGGCCCGAUCUCCUCACGCCUAUGAUCAAAAUAAGAAACAGGCGACACGGGGACGUACUCACGAGUCUGUGCACCCCGUGGUCGGCUACCGCAUGUACAGCUCACGCAAGAAGUACAAGGAUGCGGUGAUUGCCGCUCGCAACGCCGAGGACCGAGACGAGAAAAAGAAGCUGGAGGAUAAAUGCAAAAUGCUCAAGGAACUGAUCUACAACCCCAUUGGCAUGAAAUCAGGAGAUCAACCAGUGGCCAUUCGACGUAGGAACGCAUCAGGGGAAUGGGUGUACGAGUUCCACGGCAACGGGAAGCCGCUGCCUGAGUGGAACUUGCGCCCCAGCCAAAUGUCUGAUGUUAUAUCCUACGAGGGAAUGACCUCGAUUCCAGAAGGCGACGCGGUUUGGUACGCUGUCAAAACGCCAUCGUACGAGCGGAGGGCCCUGCACGAGGACUCUGAAGCCGUGGCCUAUCUCCAGAAGCUUGACGAAAUCAAUGGGUACAAGAGUUCUUGGUCUGUCCCAGAUGUUGCCAACCCAGACCUCGACGCCUGGUUUACUCGGGGUGAGGUUUCAACGGCAUAG